AUGCAAGUCACGCUCAACGCUUGGCCAAAAGGCACACCGAGAGUCGUGAGUCACUCUGUGAUCAAGGACUACAUCCAGGAAACAGCUGCAAAGACGGGAACAAGUGCAGUCACGGUGUACGGCGCGCUGGUGACGCGCAUGUGGAAGCGCGACUCGGAAUGGUGUGUGCAGUGGGCGCUCUUUGAGGAAGACGACUGUGAGGCUAAGGACGCGACAGAACAAAAUAUUUGGACUUUUGACGCAGUGGUGGUCGCAUCUGGUCACUACCACGCCCCGCGGAUUCCAGACAUCCCCGGCCUUGCUGAUGCCAAGGCUCGAUAUCCUACACGGAUAAAACACUCCAAGUAUUUCAGAAAUGCCACCGAGUAUGAGAACAAGGAUGUGCUCUUGAUAGGCGGUGGUGUAUCAUCCACAGACAUUGCCAAGGACAUUGGCCGUUGCGCGCGCAGCAUCUUCCAGAGCACCAGAAACGGCAUGUCCGAUAUGCCCGCCAGUGUGCUCCCCAAGAACGCGACGCGGGUGGCCGAAGCGGUGGCGAUUACCGUCGACCCCGCGCCAACGACGGCGCUUGACGGCGCGCCCUUCACCAUCCACUUGAGCCACGGCGCUGCCAUAUUCGGCAUCGACAGCAUCAUCAUCUGCACCGGCUACCAGUUUACGCUGCCCUUUUUGCCGCAGUACCACGACAGCGCGGUCGCGCCCGCCGCGGCCGGCGACCGGCUCCUCACCACCGACGGCGGGCAGGUGCACAACCUGCACCGCGACAUCUUCUACAUCCCGGACCCGACGCUGGCCUUUGUCGGGCUCCCGCUCUUCUCCAGCACCUUUUCGCUGUUUGAGUUCCAGGCCGUGGCCGUGGCCGCCGUCUUCGCCGGCGUCGCGCCGCUGCCGCCCGAACCCGCGCGACGCGACGAGUACCGGGAGCGCGUCCGGCGAAAGGGCCUCGGGCGCUACUUGCACGCCCUCAAGGAGGAGGAGGAGGAGUACGUGCGCGACUUGGUGGAGUGGGUGAAUGCGGGCAGACGGCAGCACGGCAUGGAGCUGCUGCAGGGACACACGCCGACGUGGAAGAGGGAGAAGCAGCGCGUGAGAGAGGCGAUUGUGAGGCUCCGCGCUGCUCGGGAUGGCGAGAGAGCGGCUGCAGAGGUCGAGGCUGGUCAAGCCCAGGUGGAGUGUGUGAAUGGGAACGGGCACAAUGCGUUCUGA